GCCAAGGGGCGAAUUUCCAAGUGCCCCCUGCACAGCCCGAGGUCGGGAGCGCGAAGACCCCCGAGGACAAGUGCCUGGCGGUCCCAAAUGCCCGCGAGACCCCCUCGACGCCCAGGACCGCGUGGCGAGCUCGGCGCGCACAGAGACGCUGAGGAGCCGAGGAGAAACCCCGAUGGGCCGGGGGGCUGGUUGGCUGGGACGCAGAGGCGGCGCGGACCGGAGCGCCUUUCGGUUUAAGGAGCAAUACUUCUGGGAAGGGACAGGGAACUGUCAAUCAGCGAGGGAGGGAGCGCACCGGCGCCGGGUGAUGUCAGCGGAUCAGCUGCUCGCUAACAAAGAGGGGUUAUUACAGGAGAAAGUUGCGGCGGCCGCGGCGGCACCCCGGGGCCUCGGAGGCGAGGGGCAAGUGGGCGAAGGGAGGAGGGACGGCUGCGGCAGCAGCAACUGGAGGCCGAGGAAUCGAAAGGGCUGUAGGGGGAGGCAGUGCGAGCCAGCCCCGACUGCUCCUCCUCUUCCUCCUCCUCCUCCAAACUCGCAGGGUUCAGCCCCAGCGCUCGCCCAGCCGCCGGAGCACCCGGAGGGACGGGAGGCAGCCGUGCGGCCCGGAGCUGGGCAGGGUCCCCAGCCGCCAUGGAUAGCGACGACGAGAUGGUGGAGGAGGCGGUGGAAGGGCAGCUGGACGACGACGGGCUGCCGCACGGGCUCUGCACGGUCACCUACUCCUCCACCGACAGAUUCGAGGGGAGCUUCGUGCACGGAGAGAAGAACGGACGCGGGAAGUUCUUCUUCUUCGACGGCAGCACCUUGGAGGGCUACUACGUGGACGACGCCCUGCAGGGCCAGGGCGUGUACACCUAUGAGGACGGGGGCGUCCUCCAGGGCACCUACGUGGACGGAGAGCUCAAUGGGCCGGCGCAGGAGUACGACACGGACGGGAGACUGAUCUUCAAGGGGCAAUAUAAGGACAACAUCCGGCACGGAGUGUGCUGGAUCUACUACCCAGAUGGAGGCAGCCUUGUAGGUGAAGUCAACGAGGAUGGGGAGAUGACUGGCGAGAAGAUCGCCUACGUGUACCCGGACCAGAGGACGGCCCUGUACGGGAAAUUCAUCGACGGAGAGAUGCUAGAAGGGAAACUGGCCACGCUGACGUCCACGGAGGAGGGCAGGCCUCACUUCGAGUUGCUGCCCGGAAGUUCCGUGUUCCACUUCGACAAGUCAACUUCGUCUUGCAUUUCCACCGAUGCUCUCCUUCCAGAUCCCUACGAAUCAGAGAGGGUUUAUGUUGCAGAAUCUCUCAUUUCCAGUGCUGGAGAAGGACUGUUUUCAAAGAUCGCAGUGGGACCCAACACUGUUAUGUCUUUUUAUAAUGGAGUCCGGAUUACACACCAAGAGGUGGACAGCAGGGACUGGGCCCUGAAUGGGAAUACCCUCUCCCUCGACGAAGAGACGGUCAUUGACGUGCCUGAGCCCUACAACCGCGUGUCCAAGUACUGUGCCUCCUUGGGACACAAGGCGAACCACUCCUUCACUCCAAACUGUCUCUAUGACAUGUUUGUCCACCCCCGUUUUGGGUCCAUCAAAUGCAUCCGCACACUCCGAGCUGUGGAGGCCGACGAGGAGCUCACUGUGGCCUACGGCUAUGACCACAGCCCCCCGGGGAAGAGUGGGCCUGAAGCCCCCGAGUGGUACCAGGUGGAGCUGAAGGCCUUCCAGGCGGCCCAGCAGAAGUGAAGGGCCCGGCUCUGGGCUCCAGAGACCCGGAACAGAAACUCGGAUCUAUGCACUCCGUUUAUGCGACGACGGGACAACCAGGGACUGCUCGUGCUGUGACAUCACAUCCUCUCACUCUGCGCCCGCGACUCUCGCGCACACUAACUAGGUUUGAUUCUAUCGCUCAUACCAGACUUAAAAUUAGCUAGCCUUGCAGCAGCGCCCUACAGAGAGGGAUGGCCGAGCACUUGACACAGCAUGAUGUUCUUGGGUGGUUCAAGUCCAAGUCUGGACCUGGUUCAGAGAUGCCAAAUGAUCAGACUGAAAAAGGGAAAGGGGUUUUUCAGUCAUUUUCAGUCCGUGGUUUUUCCAUGAUGUUUUUUCCUAUGGCCAACUGGAAGUGUAUUGUUAGCACACCUGCAGGUGGGCCAUGUGGAGGAUAGAGAAUUACUACAUUUUUAUUCUCUAAAUGUAGUAUAAUUUGCCUUUUAACCUUUGAUCUGUAUCUUGCAAUAGAAUGGCUUUGUUUUUUUCCCCUAGCAAACAGAAACCCACUUUUUGAGUCAUUUCACCCCUCAGCCCUGUUCUCUAUCUUAGACACUUUUUUCAAGAGCAAACUUCCAAAUGGGGUUUGUGUCAGCGCCAGUAUGUAGGUCUGUCUGGCUCUUUCUGCAUCAUUGUUUUAUUAUCACGUCCUACUAUGAAGACCUGGCUCCUAGAGCCAGGGUAUUAUUAUAGCAUUAUUAUUCUCGCAUGCAAACAAAGAUAUCUUUGCGUUAAGAUGUGAGAAGAGUUUACUUUGUUUGCAUUAAGUUAUGGAAGAGUUGUAAUAUAUAUUUUAAGAAAGGAAAGAGGGAAAUUAGUGUUUCUAAGCAGUAACUGUGGCAACUUUGCAGUAUCUUCAGUAGUGCUAGGAAUCCUUUUCUUUGUGCACACACAUCAAAUGUACAUAACACACAGCAGCCUGACUUGUGGCACAGUGCACCACAUUCAAAGGUCCAAGAGCAAACUUGAAUUCUGACGCAGAAUUCACAAGUUGUGUGUGUUUUUUUAAAUCACUACUAUUAUGAGAGACAUCCUGAUCACUAGGUAAAAUCAAACCGGAACGCUAAAACUCUUCAUCUGUGUAAUUUCCAAGUACUAAUCUGCUUCAGAGCAUUGUGAAUUAAGAAUAACACCUGUCUAGUUUAAAAGCAAUGAUAUCAAUAGCAUUUCAGCCUUUUCCCAAGCCAUGUGUAAUCACAGCUGCAGAAAUAAGGAGGAAAGUCCCUGUUUUUAGUUUAGCUAAUUAGGUAUGUAACGUACCUGGGAUUGCUCUGAAUGAAUCCCAAGAGUUUGGGGGUUUUGGAAGUCCCCUCGCCACAUGCCACAGCUGUGUCCACUCUAGAUGCCUUAGAAAGGCAGCCGGGAGGUCUGACGAGCAAAACGACUCUGACCUGCAGGUGUCAACGGUGGCGCCUGUUACCUGAGCCAGUUUGGUCCUGAAAGCUAAAGCUUUCCAAGCCAUGACCCAUAACGAGCUCUGGCUGAGUAGGGAAGGCUUACUGGGAGGGGGCUGAGUUAAGAAAAGGGCAGGUGGGAGUUUGAUAGUUCUUAUCAGUUUCCCAAUGCUCUUAGAAGUGCUUGGCCUGGGGCUGCUCAAAGCCUUCAGUUCUCGCAGCCCCUGGGCACAGGUCUCAGCCCUACAGAUGGUGGCAGAAGCCGCUCUUCCCUUUUUUUGUGCAAGGCCAGGCUGCGGGAGCUCCCUCCCCAGCAGGGCCAGAGCAGCGAGGUGGCCGGGUUCCUUGGAGAUGAGCUGAAGGUUCAUGCAGGAAAGGUUGUUGGGGCUGCCGGAAAGAUCUCCCACAAAGGACCAGAGAGAAUUUUUAGAUGAAAAGCCAGCAGGAUAGGAUCGCUUCUAUUCUGUAGAAAGAGACUGUUCAGGAAACUGUGACUGAUGGGCAGUUUUGGGGCAUGUAUUCUGAUUAGUGCUUUGAGUCAAAUGGGUCCCAAGGUGAGAGAGGCUGUUAGCAAGAGAAAGAUGGUUUUGAUGGACCCCCGUGGGCUGAGUAGUGGAGUCAACUCGGGAGGGAGGUCGGGGACUGGACAGCUAGGUCACACCUCCGGGGCAGCCACACUCUGAAAGAUUUCAUUUCUGAGGGCUGUCUCGCUCUGGUUGAGACUAUAGUGGGUAUAAUUUCUGUCCUAAUGGGUUAUUCUAAUUAUCCCAUUCUGAUGGAAUUUCUCUUCCUUUCUUCUUUCUUUUAUUUCUUCCUUAUUUUUCUUUCUUUUUUUUUUUUUUGAUAAAAGGGAUCAAAGAGUUGUAAGUAGUAAUUAACCAACUAAUCCAUUGCAUACUGGAUGAUAACACUGAGUUUAAAAUCCAGCAGUGUGUUGACCUUCAGGCAAAUCAGAGGAAACACACCUGAGCAGGGCCUCUCCCUCCCUCCCUCCCUCCCUCCCCUCUGCCAGGUGCCUUCUGGCUCUUGCUUCUCCUGUGCUCUGCUCCCUCCUUCUCUCUUGUCUGUGACAAGGCCUGGGUGUCUGGGUAACAGUACCCUAGCUGGUCUCUUCUUCUCUGUUCCUCUCUCUCCUUCAGUGUUCUGAGGUCCUCCCUUGCUGGUCUCUCCAGCUCGGAGAGUCCCCCCCCACCCCACCCCCCACCUCUCUUUCUAGCUGUGUGGCCCUCUCUCCAUUUCCUCUGUGUCAUGUCUGGCUCGGUGGCUCCCACUCUCCCCUGCCACACACACACACACACAGACACACACUCACAAAUGUAAGACUUUGUCAGGGGGUAGAAUCAGAGGGGGCUUGAGGUUCACUGAUCCGUAGGUAGGGAAAGAAGUCGAGGCAGUGGAGUAACUGGUAAGGAAGGGAUUGUUCCUGUCAGAGCCAAAGUCGAAGGGAAAGCCUCGGGGUGUACUUUUCUGCCAAGUCUUUGCAUCACUGUGGAUCAAUCACAACAAAAUGUGGACGAUUCCAUGUGGUGGGGAAUAAAGAAACCACUUUUGCUCUCCCCAAAACCGGCCAGCGCCCAGGGUGUGCGCAGGACGCCAUGGGUCUCUAGGAGAUUCACUCAGAGCGAUCUCAGCCCAACUCCUGCAUGACCAGGCCUGUAUCCUUGGCAGCUUUUCUGUGGUGAAAUAGUUAGUCUCUUGUGUUAGGAAUAGGAACUAAUCCGUAGGAGCUAUGUCCCCAGAUGGACUUUGGGAUGGACUAACAAAAACUGCUGCAGCAGCUGAAUUUCCGAUGCAAAGGAAAGAUGAAAUUAAAAAGCAACAGGCGAGGAACACUUGAGUUUUAUAGGACCUAUUCUUAUUUUAACCUGCUUCCUCCCUGGUCUACCUGAGAAACCAAGAAGGAAAUCUAUUUCUUAAGGCCUCUUGGAACCUGCCUGGGCCCCAGGAGGUUCUUCACACUUGAAAAAGUAUUUCCUUAUCACCAACAAUCUGAAAAGGCCAAGGUGGAGGCCAAGGGUAACCAUUUACCACAUUCAAUUGUAACUUAAAAUCGCAGUGACUGUAAGCAGUAAAUUCAAAGGCUGUCUUCUCAGUGACACAGUAGGUGGCACUUGAGUGACUUUCCUUUCACAUAAAAAAAUUUAAGUCACUCACCUGCAAAAUGCAUUUAAGAUCUUCCAAGAAGGAAUAGUUUCCUGUUUUGCUUUGAAAACAGUUGUCUCAAGUUUCUGUCUUAAGAGUAGUGAUUUAGAAUCCAGACAUCUUUUGUUUUAGGAAAACAAGCAAAACUAUGUUGCAAGACUGAUCAUUGUGAUGUGUAUUUGCCACAGAUCAAAGGUUCACAAAAUAUAUUAAAUCUACAUCUGCUUGAGGUCCCCUGACAGACUGGUAUUUUUUUUUUGAUCCUUCCCUUCAGGAAUUGAAGCCUCGGUGUCACUUUUUUAUUUAAAAAAUUCUAAAUUGUAAUGGUUUUAUUUUGCCAAAUGUGUGCAUACAUAUUCAAAGCAAUGAAACAAUUUCAAGCCAUACAACCACAAAGGUGGGAACCCUUUUCACAAAUUUUAAUGUGUUUGUAUGUAAAUAGAUGUUUGUAUGAAAUAUUUUCAUGGUAGAAUGAAUAUAUUUAAAUGAAGUUGAAUUAUUCCAGUGCUGUUUAAACAAAUUGCAAAAUUUUUGGUGAGAAUUACCUGAGUCUAUUGAGAUAUAAUGCAGAUCAAUUUUGAUUUUUACAAAUCAAAAGCCUACAAAUAACUCUGACCCAAGGCAACUUCCCCGUGUCGUUGCGUGUGGUGCCGAGAGAGCUUGUAGGUUUCCCCAGUGCCUCAGCCGCUUCCUGGUGUAAGUUAGGUGCUCGUGGAGGUGUGUCCACCUUUUAGUGACAUCACUCAGGGCCCUGGGGGGCCUGCGAGUGGGUUCAAGGCAUUAGAGACACUGGUGCAUUUAUCCAGAGCACAAUUUCUUUGCAGGGCAGCAGAAUCAGAAGCCAGACGUGGCCAUGUGAACCUCAGAACCGGGUUUUCUGGCCGCCACCAACCGCCACCCUUACUGCCUAGUCACACAUGUCAGGGAGGCUGCCCUCAGUGGAGUUGGGGGUCAGACCCCAGGGUGGGACUUCACGGUUUUGCCAGCAGCCCCUGCUUCCUGGCCUCCCCCUCGCAGAGAGGCAGGAGGAGGGCGCAGCUGGCAUGGGGCCCAUUUCUCAGCACAGCACGUUUCCUGUCUCAGCUCUGGGAGACUGUGCACGAAGGCACCAAACUUUGGACCAGAGAGAGACGCCCGCGGAUAACGUCGGUCCUCGCUUCCUCUGUCUGGGACUUCGGUCCCCAGACCAAUCACAUCCCUAGGACAUACCUCCCAAGUCUCCCGACUCUUAGGUUACUAAAAUAUUCCUUUAUAAUGAUUUCCAACUUGAGCAGGGGUUUUCUUUUUCAGCUUUGGCCCUGGAUAUAAUGAAAUGAUCACUUUUAUGACAAAUUUCACUGUGUAUACUAGCAAUAUGUACACACCUGCCAAUGUAUCUUACCGUAUUGACUUGGUUACAUUUUGGGUUAUUAUAAUUAAUCUUGAUUCAUGUAUUGGGAAAUACAGGGACUACGUAAUGCCUGCUUAUCAUAGUAGAAAUUUGGAUCAUGGUUCUGAGCUCCCUACUUCAACAGCUUUUUCCUCCUGGGUUUUCUACCUUCUCUUUUUAUUGUGAAAUGCAUUUAUGAGGUUGUGAGGUAUGUUUAUGGAUCGGAAGCCAGGGGUAGGCUUUCAGCAUUUAUUGCAACCUAAAGUUAACCCCAGCACAGUUAAUGAGCAUCUUCGACUGGUCUUCUGUGGAAUUUGAACUAAAUCUAUGAGCCUUAUUCAAUAUCUAUAAUUCUAUGGUUUUUUUUAAAUUAUGGGAAAUUAAUGAAAGAUGUUUACAUGAAUAACGUUUGCCCUUACUGUGUUAUGAAUGAGUUUUUUGUAGUGUGUCUGGGUGCAUGUGCAAGAGAGUAGGAAAAAUGUUUCUGAAACAAAACUUGACAAAUAUUUGUAAUGAAAAGUAAAUUUAAAGAUUGCUAUAAUUGCGCUAUAGAAACAAUGCAAGUAUUAAACAAAAUAUACAAUCA